UUUGCUCCGGUCAUCUCAUUUGAACUUAACCUCAUAAACAUCUUCAUCUUCUUAGCCUCAAUAGCUUCUUUCAAACAAUUGGUUAACCUCCUCUUGCCUCAUGGUUAUUUUGUCCAAUAGUUCCAACUCUUUCUCCUUAAUCAAAAUUUAAAAGUGAUUUUGAUUUUAAAAGCACUAUUUAGAAGUAAUUUAGAAGAAGCAUCCAUCAUCCAUAGAGAAAUAGCGUGAUUAGAACGAAGGAAUCAGCUUUAGAAAGUAACAAGAAGAAGCAGAGUUGGUGACUUCAGCUUUGAAUGCCAUGGCGAGCGUAAGUCUAUACCGCAGAGUCCUCCCUUCUCCACCUGCGAUCGAUUUCGCUUCGCAGGAAGGCAAGAAGAUCUUUGUUGAAGCUCUUGGUCAAGGAACCAUGGAGGGUUUCUUCAAGCUAAUAUCAUUCUACCAGACACAAUCAGAGCCUGCAUAUUGUGGUCUCGCCACGCUUUCUGUUGUCCUCAAUGCCCUUGCCAUUGACCCUGGUAGGAAAUGGAAAGGGCCUUGGAGAUGGUUUGAUGAUUCCAUGUUGGAUUGUUGUGAGCCCUUGGAGAAGGUUAAAGUUCAAGGCAUUACGUUUGGAAAAGUUGCGUGCUUGGCUCGAUGUAAUGGGGCUAAAGUUGAAGCUUUUCGAUCCAAUGAGAGCACUGUCAGUGAUUUUCGCAACCGUGUGAUUUCGUGUUGUUCUUCUGAGGAUCGUCAUGCGAUUGUGUCUUACCAUAGGUCAGGGUUAAAGCAGACUGGAGAGGGCCAUUUUUCACCUCUUGGAGGAUAUCAUGCUGAAAGGGACAUGGUACUGAUAUUGGACGUCACUCGUUACAAAUAUCCUCCUCACUGGGUUCCCGUUACCCUUCUCUGGAAUGCCAUGAAUACCAUUGAUCGAGCUACUGGACUUCAAAGGGGGUACAUGAUUAUUUCAAAGCUUAACAGGGCACCAUCAAUACUUUAUACUCUGAGUUGUAGACAUGAAGGUUGGAGCAGUGUGGCCAAAUUUCUAACUGAGAAUGUCCCUCUCCUUCUAAAGUCAGAGGAUCUAAAAGACAUCCAGGAAGUACUCUCUGUUGUAUUUAAAUCUCCUCCUAGUGAAUUGAGAGAGUUCAUCACAUGGAUUGCUGAAGUUCGCAGGCAAGAAGAUGGGAAUCUCACUUUGAGUGAGGAAGAGAAAGGAAGGCUAGUGAUCAAGGCAGAAAUACUGGAAAAGAUUCGGACAGCUGGGCUCUUCAAACACGUGACCAGUUGGUUGGAUUCACAACGGUCACGCUGCAGUACUAUUGCAAACCUUCAAGACAAAGAUAUGCUACCAGAACUCGCUGCACGUGUUUGUUGCCAAGGGGCGUGCCUUUUGACUGGUUGUUGUUUGUCAGGUGGAAAAUGCUGUUGCCAAAUAGAUGUGAAACAUCUGAAUGUUGAUAGUAAAAAUCUAGCAACAACAUUUGUUUCUGGAACGUUUACAACUGGAAGCAGUAGUGAACAAGGAGUUGAUGUGUUGGUCCCCUUGUGUCAAAGAGGGCCAGAAGGUCACUACAUUGCAAUGCAUCCUUCUACUGCAGAUGUCUUAACAGUGCUUUUGUUGGCCUUGCCCUUGCAUACAUGGUCCGGCAUUAAAGAAGAAAAGCUGCGUGCGGAAGUUACAAGCCUUGUGACAACUGAAGACCUCCCUUCCUUACUUCAAGAAGAGGUGUUAUUCUUGCGAGAGCAACUCCAUUUUCUCAUGACUGAGAUUGGUUAUCCUUCUCACUGAUGAUGCUCAAUGGUUUUGGCUAAUGUAACGGCUUCCUGUAUUAGACCCUGUUGUAGCAUCAGUUAUGUCAUUGAACUUGGGAUGAAGACAGCUAAGCAUGUGUGAUGGGAAAAGAGGAGAGAUAGAAACAAAAGAAAGAGUGAAAAUGGGAUGGAAGGUAAAGUGCAUGUGAAUAUGUCAAAGUUGUAGUCUUGUAGAUAAUAAGAUCCUUAGAUGAAUUUUAUAAUCAAAACAUUUGAAUGUGUAGGAUUGGAUUUUAGAUGAAUCUUAGUGAGUGUUUUUCUGUUUUAAGAUAAUGUAAUUUAUUUUCUCUUUAUACAUAGAGAAAAUGUUGUAAUUUCUUCCACUUAAUGAAGAUAUUUUGUUUAUUGUUGUCA